AUACACCUUGGCUUGUUGGCUUUACUCUUUCACUAAAUCAGUCACCUGCUGGGAUUUCUCCUCCUUAAGCUUCAAUCCCUUCCUUUCCCUUCUUCAGUUCAGACUUCACAUCUCCACCUUAUACACUUAACUCUCUCGGAUAUAUAUUUUUUUUCGCAGAAAAUGAUAUACCCACAAAAUUCUCAAACCUGACCCGGUCUGUAUAUGUACAUAAAUAUCAACAGAAAUAGCAAGAAUAAUUCGAAAAUUAAAAAACAAUAUGACACAAGUCGAUCUGUCAAAGAAAGUCGCCGAUAGGUACCUCAAGCGCGAAGUGCUCGGUGAAGGUACAUACGGUGUUGUUUACAAAGCCAUUGAUACUAAGACAGGACAGACAGUUGCAAUUAAGAAAAUUCGGCUUGGAAAGCAAAAGGAGGGAGUAAAUUUUACAGCACUAAGAGAAAUAAAAUUGCUAAAAGAACUGAAAGAUCCAAACAUAAUUGAGUUAAUUGAUGCAUUCCCUCACAAGGGAAACUUGCAUCUUGUGUUUGAAUUCAUGGAGACUGACCUUGAAACGGUUAUUCGCAACGCUAAUAUAUUUCUUUCACCAGCUGACAUAAAAUCUUACAUGCAGAUGACCUUAAAAGGGCUUGCUUUUUGCCACAAGAAAUGGGUUUUGCAUAGGGAUAUGAAGCCAAAUAAUCUGCUGAUAGGACCCAAUGGACAGCUUAAACUUGCUGAUUUUGGUUUAGCACGCAUAUUUGGGAGUCCUGAUCGUAGGUUUACUCACCAGGUGUUUGCUCGGUGGUACAGAUCACCUGAGCUGUUGUUUGGGGCCAAACAGUAUGGUUCUGGGGUGGAUGUUUGGGCAGCAGGCUGUAUUUUUGCUGAACUUCUCAACCGUCGACCAUUUCUGCAGGGGACAAGUGAUAUUGAUCAACUAGGAAAGAUCUUUGCUGCUUUGGGGACUGCAACACCUUCUCAGUGGCCUGAUUUAGCAUACCUGCCUGAUUAUGUGGAAUACCAGUAUGUUGCUGCACCUCCUUUGCGUUCAUUAUUUCCAACAGCGAGUGAUGAUGCUCUAGAUUUGUUAUCGAAGAUGUUAACUUAUGACCCGAAAACUAGAAUUACAGCACAGCAGGCACUAGAGCACAGAUACUUCACUUCUGCACCACUGCCUACAGAGCCACACAAACUUCCUAGACCUGCCCCUAAGCGGGUGUCUAAAGCUUCAGAUUUUAACCCUCAGGAGGGUCCUACUGUGUUGUCACCACCAAGAAAGUCAAGGAGAGUGAUGCUGGAACGUGAAGUAUUUGCAGGAAAUGCUCACCGACUUGAUAAGAUUGAGGAGCCUGCUAGUGAAGUGAAACAGGCAGAUGUUGACAUUGCUGGAAGGAAUGAACAAGUGCCAAUGUCAGUAGAUUUUUCCAUCUUUGCAUCAAAACCCCCAAGUAGACCUACUAUUAACAGUGCUGACAGAUCCCAUCUAAAAAGGAAACUGGAUCUUGAAUUUCAACACCCGGAAUAGGAAGAAACCAAGUUACUGUUGUUUGUACCCUGAUUAUUAUAAUCAAGGGAUGUCAAAUUGCUCAGCACUCAUUUAGGAUGUAUGCAAUGAUUUUGAAGUUAUAUUUAUUUGGCAGUCUCCAAUCGCUUCUUGUAGCACUUUUUCGGCUAUUGUUUGGCUUGAGAUCAUCAAGAGGAAUCAAUUCUUGUUGGAAUUGAAAUUCAUUCUUUUCUGAGACUGAAGUGGGGACUCAAAAAUAAUUGUAAAGGAAAAGAAUUGUUACUCCACAUUCUAUUAGAACUUGUAUGCUAGCCCAUGUAGGGCCAAUUUUUGAGGGGUUUAAUAUUUGUUUAAUGAGAGUCUACACUUAAGGACAGUUGAACUUGUGUUAGUGGGCACUUGAGUUCUAUAUAAAGUGGAAAUAUUAUUUACUGA